GACUUGUAAGGACUCAUUGUGUCUCGCGAUAGUUGCGCCACCUUAAAAUCAUCGGUCCCCGCUACGCAAGGCCUCUUUCAGUUGGAUCGGAGACAAAAUGUCCCACCGCAAGUUUUCGGCUCCGCGCCACGGCUCUCUGGGCUUCUUGCCUCGCAAGAGGAGUUGCCGUCACCGGGGUAAGGUCAAGAGCUUCCCCAAGGACGACCCGAGCAAGCCGGUCCAUCUGACCGCCUUCCUGGGUUACAAGGCCGGCAUGACUCACAUCGUCCGCGAAGUAGACAGACCUGGAUCAAAGGUGAACAAGAAGGAGGUGGUGGAAGCAGUCACCAUCGUGGAGACUCCCCCCAUGAUUGUGGUCGGCAUAGUGGGUUAUGUGAGCACCCCCCGCGGCCUGCGCUCCUUCAAGACAGUUUUUGCUGAGCACAUGAGCGACGAGUGCAAGAGGCGGUUCUACAAGAACUGGUACAAAUCCAAGAAGAAGGCCUUCACCAAGUACAGCAAGAAGUGGCAGGAUGAGGAGGGCAAGAAGCAGCUGGAGAAGGACUUUGCCUCCAUGAAGAAGUACUGCCAGGUCAUUCGCGUCGUUGCGCACACACAGAUGCGUCUGCUACCUCUGAAGCAGAAGAAGUCGCACCUGAUGGAGGUGCAGCUCAACGGCGGCUCCGUCGCCGAUAAGGUGGACUGGGCCCGCGAGAAGCUGGAGCAGGCCGUGCCUGUUGCCAACGUCUUCACCCAGGACGAGAUGAUCGACGUCAUCGGGGUCACCAAGGGACACGGAUACAAAGGUGUGACCAGCCGUUGGCACACCAAGAAGCUGCCUCGCAAGACCCAUCGCGGUCUGCGCAAGGUUGCCUGCAUCGGCGCCUGGCAUCCUGCUCGCGUGGCCUUCUCUGUGGCCCGCGCCGGUCAGAAGGGUUACCACCACCGGACCGAGAUCAACAAGAAGAUCUACAAGAUCGGUCAGGGCUACCACCAGAAGGACGGCAAGCUGGUGAAGAACAACGCCUCCACAGACUAUGACCUGUCCAACAAGAGCAUCAACCCUCUGGGUGGAUUUGUCCACUAUGGAGAAGUCACCAAUGACUUUGUCAUGGUCAAAGGGUGUGUGAUUGGAACCAAGAAGAGAGUUCUCACCCUCCGCAAGUCUCUGCUGGUCCAGACAAACCGUCGCGCUUUGGAGAAGAUCGACUUGAAGUUCAUCGACACCACCUCCAAGUUCGGUCACGGCCGCUUCCAGACUUUGGAGGAGAAGAAGGCCUUCAUGGGACCCCUCAAGAAGGACCGCCUCAUCAAGGAGGAGACUGCCUGAA